AUGUUGCUGUUGAAGAUAAAGUUCACCCAGCAGCGGCGGGUGCAUCUGGCCCAGGGUCUGUGGCUGCUGUCCUGGACGGCGGUGAUAUGGGGGGCCAUCAUCUUUUGUCUGGGUGUUUAUCUUAAGAUGGAGCUUCUACGCAGAGACGAGGUGAUGGACAACACAGAGAUCCACGUGGUGCCCAACAUCCUCAUUAUAGUGGGCCUGGCCUCCAUCGGCACCAACUGGGUUGCCGGUUGUGUGUGUCAAGACUCAUUAGAUGCAACCCGCUUCCCUCGUUGGAAAGUUCUCCUGCUGGGUUGGUUUGCUGUAGCUGCAGUGCUCUGUUGUCUGCUGAUCUCUGUCGUGGCGCUCAGCUUCGCCCUGCAGGGACGCCUGGAGGAGUCCCUGAAGGUGGGCCUGAGGAAUGGCAUUCGCUUCUACAAGGACACAGACGUGCCGGGCCGUUGUUACCAGAAAGAAACCAUUGAUCGUCUGCAGAUGGAGUUUCGCUGUUGUGGAAACAACAACUUCAAGGACUGGUUUGAAGUUCAGUGGGUCAGCAGCAGAUACCUGAACUUCACCUCCAAGGACGUCAAGGAUCGUAUCCGGAGCAACGUGGACGGCCGUUACCUGUUGGAUGGCGUUCCGUUCAGCUGCUGUAACCCCUCCUCCCCUCGCCCCUGCCUGCGCUACACCCUGACGGACAACAAUGCCCACUUCAACUACGAGUACCAAUCCGAAGAACUCAACCUGUACAGCCGUGGCUGCAGGCAGGCUCUGACCGACUACUACAUGGAGCUGAUGAACUCAACCGGUCCAGGUGUGCUGUCAGUCAUCCUGAUACAGAUGUCAGUGAUUCUGGGCAUGCGGUACCUGCAGACUUCGGUGGAAGGAAUCAUGGCUCUGGAGGACCCAGAGGGCGAGAGUGAUGGUUUCCUCCUGGAGAAAGGUGUUAAGGAAACCAUGGAGGACCUCAAAGUCAAAGCUCUCAUCAUGCUACAGUUUUGGCUGGAUGACCCCAUCGCCACCGAAGGGUCAUCUGAGGAUGCAGACUUAGAGAAAGCGGAGAAGGAAGCGUCCCCAACUCCUGCCAGUUAG